AUGGGUUCGGCCCGCGCCCACAGAGUGGGAUUUACAGCAGUAUGGACGGACGUCAUGGGCUGCGGGGGUGGUGGUUGUUCAAUUAUUGAUGGGAUUAUUACUCUGCCGGGGAGACCGAGGUGUGGUUCUGAUAGAGGGGGAGAGAAGGAUGGCGGUGGAAGAGGAAGAGGGUGUCACCCGAAAAGAGGGGACAGCAAGAAAAUACAUCGUCGCUGUCGUGGGGCUUUGCAAGAAAGGUGUUGGGAUCGCGGUAGUGGUCGGGGUUGUGAUGCUGUGGAAUACGUUGCUCGCGCUGUUUCUCAAAUCAUACCCGAGAAAUGA